AGACUUCCUCUGAUCCUUGAUCAUCACGAUAACAAACUCACGAUCCCGGAUCUCGAUUCGAUCUCCAACGGGAACACAGAUUCCUCCGACGAAUUAAAGCGCACGGCUCUAGCGGCGGCGAAUAGAUCGUACGCGCCGUACAGUUUGUGUCCAUCGGGAGUUUCGCUGGUGGAUUGCGACGGGAAAGUGUACAGAGGAUGGUACAUGGAAUCGGCGGCAUUUAACCCUAGUUUGGGGCCAGUACAGGCGGCGAUGGUGGAUUACGUGGCCAACGGAGGCGGAGGAGGUUACGAGAGAAUCAUCGGAGCUGUGCUUGUGGAGAAAGAAGACGCGGUGGUGCGGCAAGAGAAUACGGCGAGGUUGCUUCUACAGACCAUAUCGCCGAAAUGCGAUUUCAAUAUCUUUCAUUGCCGCUGACUUAUCAAAUUAUCCAAACAAUAAGGAACAAUUCAGCGAAUAUUAAAUUGGACUUUUUAAUUCGUAAUUAUUUGGUUGCCCCAAUUAAAAAAAAAUAGUAAUUAUUGAAACUUGGAAGAAGUUGAAAGUGAUGCCUCUGAAUAAAUGAUAAACACAUAGUAAGAGAAUGAGAAAACUCUUUUUCUUCUUCUUCUUCUUUGGUAUUUGUAA